AUAAUUUCGCAUAUAACAGAAAUGUGACCUCAUCGAUGAGUGAAAAGAUUUAUAUGAUUUAUGUGACGAGAUGGCAUCUCGACGUGCUAUGAAUAUAACCUCAACAGGUUGUUCUCAUUGCCGUUUAGCUGCACUAAAGCUUUUCGCCAACCCCGCGAAUGCGAAUGCAUUGUCCAGCGUGCGAGCCGGUCUUCUCAAACCCCGGCCACGAUUGAUUCCUGCACCAUCAAUUCGAUUAUUCUCAUCUCGGCCGACCCAUGAUGAGCCCUUCAAUAGUACAGAAUCGGCCGAAGAAGGCUUAGAAGGCUUAGAAGAUGGCAAAGAUUUGGAAGAUGGCCAAGAUGCCGCGAAAGGCUCGGAUUUAACUAAUAUCCCUUGGUAUCUUCAGGUUGACCCUCCAAGGCACGUGGCUUCCAUUGAGCCACAGCCACUUCCUGAGAUCCCCACCGGUUCUCCGAAGGUUGUUGGUUCAUUGCUCGAGUACGUAUCUGAGGAUUUAGGUCUCGAUGAACUCUCGCUCUUGGAUCUUAGAGAGCUCUACCCCCCACCGGCAUUAGGUCCGAAUCUUUUUAUGUUGUUCGGCACAGCACGGAGCGAGCGCCAUCUUAAUGUCUCCGCCGGACGCUUGCUGCGAUGGCUAAGAUCCAAACAUCGAAUCUAUGCUCAAGCUGAUGGCCUACUCGGGCCAAAUGAGCGUAAGACUAAAUUGCGCCGGAAAGCUAAGCGGGCAAAGCUCUUAGGAGGACCUGAAGAUUCCGAUGACGGCAUCAGGACCGGCUGGAUAUGUGUCAAUCUCGGCACUAUCGGCCGUAGUAAUGAUGAGUCUACCGUAGUUACAGAUGAUGGACGCGUGGCCGGUUUUGGCGUUUCUCACUCUGGGCACACAAUUAUCGUUCAAAUAAUGACCGAGUCUCGAAGAACCGAAAUGGGCCUCGAAACGUUGUGGGGGAGAGCUCUGAGUAGGUCGGUUGACAAAUCGGUUGAUAAAUCGGUUGAUGAUUCCUCCAAGUCAGAGAUGGGGAAUGCGAACAACCUACAUCCUUUAGAGCAGGCCAUCCUAUCUAGCACACGCCCGCGUGCAGCAACCAGAGAUAGGAAUUUCAACGACACUUCUAGGAGAACGCCAUUCGAACAAAAGCGGGCUUAUUCGACACAGCAAGCGAUUGCCCAUGAUGCACCUCAGGUUGACCCUCUAUUUACCAUCGAUUCAGAGCAGACUCUUGAGCAGAUUCUGAAGGGUGACGCUCGCCAAAAAUAUCGCAUUCUCGAUUUACUACGACUCCGGCUUGGCAAGAUGUCUUCCAUAGACAAGAGAAAGGCCCUCGGAAUCGCACCAAAUGGCGUAACCCCCUUCGUCCGAUUAUCCAAGUUCGCAUGCAAAUCCCUACCCCCACACCAAACUUGGGAGUUUCGUCUCGCUAUCAGGGCUAUAGCAUGCAGGUCUACCGCUGGUAACAAUGUCAUGCCCCGUCAGGACAUACAGAAUCUUAUCAAUGAGUUGAAUUUAUACGGCAUUGAGGCCACGCGAAAGCAGUACCUUCAGCUUUUGACAUGCGCAUACAGCACAGCUGGAGGUCUUGAGAGACAAUAUACACUCGCUAAACAACUUCUACGGACAAUGCAGCAACGCGGAGAGCCAGUCAUUGCUAAUGAUAUCAUUGUCACCAUCAUCGAGGCAGUAUGUCGAUAUUCUGACUCGGGUCAAUGGAAGGAUUAUUACACCUUUAUUCGGCGGUUAGAAGAUACCUGGCCUCAAUUAAAUUUGCCUUGUAUGGACGAACCGUUGCUCAUGAGACUCAUGAGCGCACAUCACCGAAUCCAGGACUGGAUAGGGAUUUGGGAUGCCUGGCGUAUGCGUCCCAAGUACUUGCUUCCGCGGUCAGCAGCUAUGUAUAUACACAUAUACCGGCUGGCGAUGGCUUCGGGCAGGCGGAUAAUCUGCCUUUCGACGGUGAAGAGGACCUUUCAAGGGCUUCUUGCGGAAUAUCCGGCCGUGCUACCGAAUCCCGCUGUCACGAAAGCUCUUUUGGAUUGUAUUAAGAUCGCAGAUCCCCAUGCUGAAGAAAUCACCAUGCGCACGACAGACUCCGGGGACGAGUACAGGGGCGAGUUCGUCAGAAUAAUUAGGGUCCUCAGACUCAUGGACAGCUAAAUCAAUCGGCCAUAUAUUACCUUCAACAAUCAUCUGUAAAAUUCUGUAAAAUUAAAUGAACAGGCUUUCUGAACCUCUCGGUCCCCUCAAAUUUAGCACGAGGCGAUAGAGCUACCUAGCUUGCACUCUUCUCCAGUUCGAUCUGUUCUCGUGAACAUAGAGACCUUCCCCUUCGGGUAAUAGCCCGUCUUUGUUAUAUAUCCAUCUUUAUGUAUUUGAACAUGUGGGUAAAUAGGUGCAUCAAAUUAGACCAAAGAAAAUAUUGAUUUAGGUCUGCCAAUUCUGGUUAUCUGCUAAAUAAGUCAGAUAAUAUAUAAACGCGAUUACACGGCACAUCUAUCAACAAUGCCAAGAUCUGACUACCGAGGCGUUCUGGAAUCGUACCUAUCUUGUAAAAAUCAACAACGAUUUAUCCCCAAGAUCAUCAGGGCGGAUUUGCCCGAUUUGCAUUUACACCGAAGUCCAAUCAAGGCAGGUAGUCAGCAGCCGACCUAAACUGAAGAGGCAAGCUCUUCCACUCGAACCAACCACCAUCCCGAAUUCAAUUUCCAGCGUAAGUCUCAUCUC